CACCCUCAUUCCCUCUUGAACGCACACGGCAGGAGACCUCUCCCUUCCGAGGUAGUCACUCUCAUGCUCCAGGGAAAGGAGCUUCGCGACACAUGUCUUGGGAGCGCAACCUCUGGCUUGGUAGCGAGGCUUCUCUGCCAUCCUCUAGACACGGCUAAGGCGCGCCUCCAAGGCCCCGAGGGCAGCUCGUUCAGGAACACUUGGCAUGUCUUGCAAGCAACCAUGGGCACGGAAGGCAUAGGCGGGCUGUAUCGAGGCAUAGGUGCUGUUACGUUCGGAGGAGUGCCCGGGGUGUGCCUCUACCUCACCACGUAUGAGGCGACCAAAGAGUUUCUCGCCGACCGCGGGGCGAUCGGCGGGGGCGACGCGGAAUCAGGAGGGGGGGGCAUCUUGACCCACUUGACCGCCGGAAUGAUGGCGGAAGUUGUGUGCUGCGUGGUAUUCGUUCCCGUAGAUGUGGUCAAGGAAAGGCUGCAAGUCCAGCGACCAGCGGAGGUGGCCGCUGCCAAGAAUGUGUCCACUGCUGAAGCUAGUAGUGGUGGAUGUAGAGCUGGCGGAGCCGUCGGCGGCAGCAGCAGCAGCGGGGUUAGAGAGGCGUCGGUGCCGCCUUACAGAGGGAGCGCGGACACGCUCAAGACAAUUUUGAGAACCGGAGGCCUCCGAGGGAUAUACAAGGGAUACUUGGCAACGCUGGCCUCCUUUGGCCCCUUCUCGGCGCUGUACUUCAUGUUCUACGAGCAGGCCAAGAUGGCCUCCCGCGACUUGAUCGAACGACAUCCAUACUUCCGGGGGCAGGGAGGCACGGACGCUCGAGCAGCAGAAGGGGCGGCGACGGCAACAACGGAGGGCCAGAGCUCGCGGGGGGCCAGGGCCGAGCUCCCGGUGUGGAUGACCCUGGGCAACGCGGCGGCGGCUUCGGCGGCGGCGUCCUGGCUGACGAACCCUCUGGACCUAGCGAAACUCCGGCUGCAGGUGCAACGAGGAGCGGCUGCGACGGCGUCACCGCCACCGGCCGCCGGGGCCACGGCGGCCACCGCGCCGUACACCGGCAUGCUGGACGCCCUGCGGCGGAGCUACCGCGCGGGGGGGCUGGCCGGACUGUUCAAGGGGUCAGGAGCGAGGAUGGCCUUCCAGGCCCCCAGCAUCGCCAUCACCAUGGCCGCCUUCGAAAAGUCCAAGGAAGCGUGGGGUUUCCUUUUGCCCUGAGCCGGUCGAGGGAGGGGGGGAUGCACGCGCGUGUUCUCCUUGGGAGGUUUGUAGGAGACUCUCGCGGCGUCGUCCUUCUUCGUUGUUGUGCCGCCUUUGGGGGCGGAUCGACCGGGGAAGAACGGGGAUUUUUGUCGUGUUUCGGAGUGUGCUGUUUCGCGAGCACCCUGUCGAUACGCAUGUCAGAGUGAUGUGUAAAUUAUUGAACGAACUACCACCAAUACCGACCCACUACUCUCAAAAUGUGCGUGUUAUCCCCGCGUCCUACCACCUUCGGCGUUGCUCCUGUGGGAUUGAGCGGGAAAUUCAGGUGUGGGUUCGAAUUUUCUUCCAAUGUGGGCCUGGCCGUCUCAUGGUCGCAGUUUGGUCAUCGUCUGGUCCGGUUGGUCACGUUGCGUGUUGCACGUGGUGAUGAUGUUGUCUUUUCUGCUGGCGGUCCGCGUGUGAAUCGUGAUAUUUGUGAAGCGGUGUCGGGCUGUUGUGUCUGCGUCGCUCCAAAAUCCCUGGGCCCUGCCCAGGUUUCUACACAGGGACAUACCUUUUCGACAGAUUUGCUUCCUCCUUCGCUGUAUGUAGAUUUGGAUGU